ACCAUUCAUUAUGAAUGAAGUAGAAGCCACCGUAACAUCUUCAAAGGUUGCCAGGGGCUCUUGUAAGAGAGGAGCAAAUGAUUUUCUAACCUUUCUGAGUUGCCUGUUAUUGGUUCGAUUUAUGACUCCCCUUUCAGUAGCCUGGCAGUUAAGGGUCAUAUCAUAGGAUAGAUGAUCCAGUUUAAUGUGAAUAGAAGUAUUUUUAUAUUUUUUGUUUGUUUGUUUGUUUUUUGGAGUUUUUUUUACAGCAACCUUUAUUUUAUUUUAUUUAUUUCAUUAAAUUCAUUAAAUUCAGGACAGACUACAGUUCAACGUGUGCUGAAAUUGUGUGUGUUUGUGUCUGCUAGACUCAUACCUGCUUUGCUAUCAGAAUCUGACCUUUUAGGAAUAUUAGCUCUGUCUGGGUAAACAAGGCUAGCUAUUACAUUUAGAUCAUUCUUUUUGUUAUUGGGGUGUGUUUUUUCUUUACUAGACAUUAUUAAUCUGGACUAUUAAGAUUCAUAAAUUGUGUAAAUUAUGGGGAAUAAACUGUAGGAUGAUUAACAUUUUGUCUUUAUUCUAGAUAGUGUGUGAGAAAGACAGAGAGAAAAUGGUAUUUUUGUAUCCGCUACCCUGGCAACUGGCCCUGACAUUUUGAGAGAUUUCAUAUCCUGUACAGAACAUGCUGUCAUGGGUUUUUACCUUUAAUGAUUUCAUAUUUAUGCCAUGUCAGAGCUUGCUUUGUCCUGAUGAGUAACAUGGUAUAGAAUAGAGGAAAAGCUACAAAUCUAAGCAAAUAAUGUUACCUGGCUUUAUUGAUUGUUAUACAUUGGUAAUAGCUGGUUUGGUACAAUAUACAGUAGCUUACAAUUUUCACUGAUCACUCGGAUAUCUAUUCCGUAUCACUUCCGUUUCAAAUUAUAUAUUACUCUUUUACAGAGGUUGUCAAGGAAAACACACCAAACCAAACCUAGCAACCAAUCACAUGCUGUGUCACAAUGGACCCUAUGAAGUACUGACAUCUAGGGACAUUUUCAAAAACUGCACCAUAAGGGAAAUAAUCGUGAUUUAUUUAAGCAACCUAUUAGAAAUGAAUUUGUUCUAAAAACACAAUAAGCAUUUUUAAUUUGAAAGCCUGUUUAUGGAUCUCAAUAAAGACUGUAGUUUGAAGAAUUGCACUGAAGCAUGUAUCUAUGUAUCACUGGAUACACUGGAUCACUUUUUUCAGCUUCAAAUACCCUUAAAAAAUUCAAAUUUACUCAUGAAUGCAAAUUAUUCAUCAGAGUCAUUUCAGAAAAGAAAUACACAAGACUGAUUCUUUAUCCAUCGUGCAAAAUCUUGAUUACUCCUCCCUGAUGAGAAGGCAAAAUUAUUUUUAAAAGCCAAUGAAUUGCUCCACUGUUUACUCUUAUGCAACAUGCAGCAAAAAAAGUUAGUAAAAUUGUUUCAUUUUUUAGUAGAGUUUAUUACAGCCUGCUCCUCUCCCACUCAUUUCUGCCAGUGUGGUGGGUAUUAAUCGGAUAAGGACCUUCCAUAAUGCCUUUGAUUGCCUUGACACUUCUAGGGUAAGAGAGCUUAUCCUUAUGAAAUAUACAGUCAGCAUAUUGGAUUAGGCCACUGAAGUUCACAGGCCUCAAGGUAUUUUCUCAUAACUAGUUACAUUUGUGGGAUAAGGCAUACAUAUGACCUGUUGUAGGUUAUAUUCAGACUGGGCAUAAGUUAUAAAUACUGGGCUUAGGUAGCAAAUCAAAGCAUGUCUCUCAAUGCUGAGCAUGUAAAAAGUAAGUUUAACUAAUGUAGGAAAUAAAGCUGAGAAUAUUUUGGACCUAGCUGUUCAAAAAGCUUAUGAACUUCCAGUGAGUCAAAGGAUUAAAGUCCAUAGCUAUUCUUUAAAACUUUUGAAAAACUAUACUUUGAAAAAAAAACAUAAGAAAUUAUUUAAUAUGUCUAUCUUGAAUAAUUAACCAUAUUGAUCAGAUUUCUGCAUUAAAUAACACAUUUAUUUCUAUACAAGUUGAUGUUCUGCCCAGUCCUCAGAUAAUGAUAAAUAAAUGCCUGACAAUGAGAUAACUCUGAUAUGUUAAAAACUUAAAAUAGUUAAGUAUGAAAUAGAUUAUUAUGCACAUAUAGAGUAUUUCAUAUAAUAUACCACUUGAAUACUCAAAAUGUCCUUUGGGAAUAGUUCUAUAUGAUAAACUAAAGGAAAGCUUCUGUUGAUCUCCAUCUGAACUAAUUGAGUGAGGCAUGUUGAUAUGUAAUAAUCCCAGUUGUCAUGUUAUCCUAAACAAUCCUUGUACCGGAUCCCAAAACAGUAGGGUACUGAGCACUAGGUCAAAGGAACACCAACGGCUUUUGUCUAUGUUGAGUUGUUUUCCAAUUUUUUUUUUUUAGUCAUACAUGUUUGCUAAUUAGAUACAAGUUAUAAGAUACAAAUCUGCAAUAAUAUUGUAUGGGAUAUUUUGAGUGAGAAAAGAUGAAAUGUAAUAACGAACAUUGUUGGUUGAGAAGCUGAAUAAGAGCUUUUUAAACCCUUACGCACAAUGGGUCAGCGACUCAGUGACGAGACGGACGAUAAGGAAAUUGAUGUUGCUGAACUGCAGGAGUGGUAUAAAAAGUUUGUGGUGGAAUGCCCUAGUGGAACCCUUUUCAAGCACGAAUUCAAGAGCUUCUUUGGCGUAACUGACAACCAAGAAGCUGCAGACUACAUUGAGAACAUGUUCCGUGCUUUUGAUAAAAAUGGGGACAACACUAUUGAUUUUCUGGAAUAUGUUGCAGCACUGAACCUGGUAUUGCGAGGCAAGCUGGAGCAUAAACUGAAAUGGACUUUUAAAAUGUAUGAUAAGGAUGGGAGUGGUUGCAUUGACAAGACAGAGCUAAAGGAGAUUGUGGAGUCAAUCUACCGAAUGAAGAAGGCUUGCCAUGGAGAGCUGGAUGAGGAGUGUAACCUACUCACCCCAGACCAGGUGGUGGACCGAAUAUUUGAGCUGGUGGACGAGAAUGGAGAUGGGGAGCUGUCACUGGAUGAGUUCAUUGAUGGCGCACGGCGUGACAAGUGGGUCAUGAAAAUGCUGCAGAUGGAUGUGAACCCAGGAGAGUGGAUCAAUGAGCAGCGGCGGCGAAGCGCCAACUUCUAAAGCUGUAAAUCCAGAAUCCAAAUGCCUCCUCAGCCAAGUUUUCACGCAGUCUGUUCAGUUUUUACGAUCUACCAUAAACACUAUUAGCUUUGUGAAUAAAGACUAUGCAGCGAGGCGACCUUUUCCGGAAGCAAAAAUCGACCUUUAAAAUGACACAGAGAUAUGCGCAAGGGAAAUGCCAAUUCUUUUUUUUCCUGUUCAUCUGUAAUAUUGCAAAUGCAACUUUCUGUAUAUUAAAACUUGGAUUGUAUUUUCUAAUAAAUUUUACUUGGCUUGGGUCGAGGAUGGCAAUUAAUUAAACAAAAACUAGGCAUUUUUUUAUAAGUAGAUUUCAUUUAAAAUAAACAGACAUUAUCAUUCCAUUGUACGUUUUGAAUCAAAUCUCCCAAAUGGGUAUUAAUAUGUUGUCAUUUAUAAAUAAGGUGGCUGUACACACGUUUUCAAAUGUUUAAAAGCAUUAUCCAUAGAAACACUUUGCUUUUAACAAGACUUGUGAAUUGUGUUCAUGCAAAGACUUUUUUUUCAAGAAAGAUUGCUUUUAUUCAUUUUUUUACAUUUCUUUUUAGUUUUAUUUAAUGUGGCAGAUGAUUUCCCACUGUAAUUCAACCAUGAUACUAUCCAGAGUAUGUUGCGGGUGUAAAUACAAAAGUGGAGAUAAGCCUCCUGGAAUGGAGUACUAUACACAUUGAAGAUGAAUUUAAUAAAAUUU